UUUUAACCAUAUUAUUUUUAUUUGUGCAAUACUUGCUGUUAUGUUUUUUAUUUUUCGUUAACUAUACGAAUUUAUUACAUAGAUUAUUAAAUGCUUUUAUAUUGUACAGUUUCUCACAUGGCUACCGGCGAUGAUUCAAGAUUUGUUCAAAGGAUUGCAUUUUGCUCAGUUUUAUGCGCGGGAUUCGCAUAUGCUGGAUACAGUAUGGUUUCAAAGUGUUAUCGAAAACCUAAGAAGAAAGAAAAUACAAAUCGUUUUUGUCAAACCAAUUUUCUGAAGCUCUUUGCUAGUAAGUCAACACAGACUGAAGGCUCAGAUAAAAACAAACUUGAACUUGACGACAGAUGUGUAUCACCCAGAAGCGUGAGAGAGAGAAUCAAUGAUUUAAACAUGUCAGAACGCCUUCGUAAGAGGAGCGUUCCCAUAUCUCCUGAGAUAAAACCUCACAGCUUCCAUGGUAGUCCGUGGAGCUCUCCGCUAGGUUGUGCAAGAUAUUUAAGCGUAUCUGCGGAAAACAUCUGCAUGAAGCCCAGCGCUUCAUUUGACUCAAAAUUUAAAAAUAAGUUAGCGAAUUCACAAACGGCCCUCAACAUGGAGCUUCACGCCAAACUUUCAAGGUUGCAACUUUCAGACAGACUGUCUCAACCAGUUCUGCCAUUCCAGGAUGAUAUAAUCAAUUUGAAAUCUCUAAAUAAUUUACAAAAAGCACCUUCUAAAAUGACUGCCUUUGAAGUGAGAAAUUUAGUGCAACUUCUACAUUCUGUUAAUGAAGAUGUUCUACUUAAGACGUUAUAUACAAUUUCAAACUGUGCAGCUUUUACGACUAAUCAGGAAUUAUUAUGUGAUUCAGAAUGUCCCAAAAUGUUGAAGGAUCUUCUACUUAGUCAAUCAGAAGCUGUCAAAAUUGGUGUCACUCAAGCAAUUUCUAACAUUUCAGUUAUUGAUAGGAGUCAUCGCUAUUUUCAGUCUCACAUUCCCAUCUUGUUGAAUAAUGCUGUUAAUGGAAGAGAACUUCUAAAGUCUCUGUCAUUGACCGCUCUUGCAAACUUAGCCCUCGAUCCUUCUUCUCAUAAAAUGAUAAUAAAGAAUGUCAACCACAUCACACAUAUGGUCACAACCGGAACUAAUGUUGUGCAACUACAAGCUAUACGACUUCUCGUUAAUUUGUCUUGCAAUAAGACCAUNAUAGUUCCUUCUGACAUUUUAGGGAUGAUUUCCAAGCCUUAUGACAGAGAAUUAGUGCUCAGAUUGUUGACUUUCUUUGCAAAUAUAGCAACAUAUUCUCUACAGUAUGUAGAGGGUGUAGCUAAGCCUACUUUACUAUCAAUUCUCUAUAAUUUUAAAGACAGGACAGAAUUCGCUGAACUAACAGCACUCACAACAGAUAAAGACGAAGAUAUAAGUUUUCACGCAAAACGUCUACACACAGCUCUUUUGGGAGCUGCAUAGAGUGAAUUUUUAAGUGAAAUUACAUGCACACACUAUCUGUAGUCUAUUUGUGUUUUUAAAUCUUAGAACUGUUGUUCCUACACUCUGCAAAAUCAAACUUUGUAAUGUUUUUCAGAAGAAUAUUACAAAAGUUGUCAACAGGUUGUUGACAAAAUGCUAAUACCUUGAGAUGGCCUUAUUACAGAUAUAGUUCCCCCAUAUUUUCCUCUCUAUUCAAGUAGUGUGAUUGCUGCUCAAAUACAUUCCAGCUUCUCCAGAUGAUGCAAUUUUGCAGAAAUUGCUAAAUGAUUGUCUUAAAUUUACUCUCUAGGAUCUAAUUUAUCCUAGUUAUUCUCCAAACCAAAAACAUUUAGUAAGUUAGUUUACAGUGGCUACAGAACAGGGAAAAGUAGGGGAAUUUUAUCAAUCUUGAAAAAUCAGGUAAAUUAAAUAAAACACCUGAAAAGUAAGAGAAACUGAAUAAAUUUAUGUUUGAG